AUGAGAAGGACAGACAAUUUCCUUCCAAGAAUCGUUCUUCAGCGAGUACAUCUCGGCUCGGGAGUUGUCGUUAACAUCAAAACCAUGCUCAUCAUAAAACUUGAAAAACCGUAUCACCUUGUAAUCCUGAGAAAUCGGGUCGAACCCAAAAGCACAAGAUUCGACAUGCGUGCCGCAGGCGGGAGAGGAAUGGAUGAUUCCGGAAGGGGUUUGACCUCAUUGGUCGUCGGAUUCCAAAGAGCAGACUCCAGCUCACCAUCUGUACAUGCGAACACCAAGGAAUUGCAACUCAUCCUUCGAGAAGGAGAAAUCAAGAUCGAUUUGCCGGUUUUGAUGACGCUCAUCGGCCGAGAGUAUUAA